AUGGAGAAGGAAAGGAGAUCAGAACUUGAGGAAAUGAUUAUGCUCUGGGGAGACCUCAGAUCGAGAUUUGAGGUAUCUCACACAGAAACUUCAUCAGGGGGCAGGGAAUUCUUGCACUACUUAUCUGUUUCAACCAUUCAAUUUCGAAAGAAAUUGGAACUUAAUUCAUCUUUGCAAGAAGAAGAGAAAGCUGGUCAAACCGAUUACACACAUAGGCUUUUUAACUGCCCAUGUGUCUACCUCGAGAAGGCCAUUCAAGAAAUGAAUGGCGUUGAAUUCGAUGAUCGUACUAUUUGCACCGCCGUCCUAUCUGAUCACAAAGGAAUUGGCCCCUCCCUCGUGUAA